AUGCCCGAAGAUACUGAGAGUUUGUCGGUGCUACAGCGCAACACCGAAAUGGUAGACGACCCACGUGAACAACAAAUCAUUAGAGAGUACCUGUCGAAGCGCGAACCCAUCUUUCAAGAACUUUGUGAGCUAAAGAAGCAGGGGUGGACCAGCGCUGAAGGGGACAAGGUCUUCGAUGAAAGGAAGCGAAAGGCGGACAGUGCUGGGCCCCAAGGACGACAAAGAUUCUUUCUAAUGACGGUGAGGAUCGGUGAUGAGAUGGCUCGUAGAACAAACGUUUUUCGUUUCGAUAACCAGUCUCCCCUGGUUCUUGAUCUUUGCAUGGCUCCAGGAGGUUUCACCAAGUCCGUUCUGAAGAGAUUCCCAGACGCUCACGUGCAUGCUAUCACGCUGCCUCUGGAGGACGGAGGCUAUCACGUUAUUGCAAAGCACCCACACCUCAGCAUUGUCUACGCUGACAUUACUCUCUACGCUACCGAUUUCGGUGUCACAGAGAUUCCCGUUAAUCAUCCAGAUCCUGCUCUCUUCAGUCAUGAUCGUCCAUACCAAGACUGCCGCUAUGACUUAGUCUUCUGCGGUGGCGCCGUACUUCGUGCUCAGCCCCGAGCAGAAUACCGGAGAGUUGGAGAACAUAUACGCUUGAAUGUGUCGCAGCUGAUCUUUGCGUUCCAGCGUAUCAAGCCUGGAGGCACCCUUGUCCUACUACUCCACAAGAUCGAAGCCUGGGAUACGGUCCGCAUUCUCCACACCUUUAGUAAAUUUGCCGACAUCAAGUUGUUUAAACCCUACAAAGCCCAUGCGAUCAAGUCGACCUUCUAUUUGGUAGCGCAAUCUGUCCAGCCGCAGACUCCAGAAGCAGUAAAGGCACUUGAAGAAUGGAAGACAUUGUGGUACGACUGGACGUUUGGAGCUGAUGGAGAGACCAGCUCCAUUCCUUCCCAAAUUGGUUCCGGAGAUGGAAGCGAGGCAACUGAAAUAUUGGAAGAGUAUGGAACCCGCCUUGUCGAGUUGGGGCGGCCAAUCUGGAAAAUACAAGCAGAUGCCCUGAGAAACUCUGGUUUUAUCAAGUCACGUCUGGACAACGAAUCUUGUCAUGAUCAUCAACCUGUCGAAGCUCCGAAAUCUUGA